GAGAGAGCGAGGAAAUACUACGGCGGGGUGGAUCAGUUUGAUCAGUUCGUUGUAUUGUGGGGACUGACGUAUGCCUUGGACACAGCAAACAUACUCGCACAACCGACUGAAUGCUGAUCAAGAUCGUAUUGAUCACGCCUGCAACUCAACAUACAGAAGGGAUUAACUUUUCAAUACCACUCGAGCUUGCACGGUCAAUUCUUGUGAACUGCAUGCAGGAUAUCAUGGAGUAACACGACAAGGAGUCUACAAUAUACAUUCAGCAUUAAUUUCUUGGAUUAUGACAUUGUCUGAUUACAUCUGAAAGAUAUUUAUAUAUGCAAAUGAACCAUGGGUAAAGAAUUUGAAGAACUGAGGGAACAGAUCAAGGACAAAUCAGUGGAUCCAGCGAAGUACCUUCCUCAGAUAAUUGAAGAAAUUAAAAAAGAUGACAGUGAAAUCGCCAACGAAUGCAAGUAUGAACUCAGGGACGACGUGAUCGACCGAGUCAAGGCAGCGAAAAACAAGCAUGAGAAAAUGAUGAUUGAACUAUGCAUCGAAUACAUGAAGAAAAAGAAACAGAAAUAUUACCAACUUGCCAAGAAUAUAUUUGAUGAGAAAAAUGUAGUCAAGUGGAAGGGUCACGAGGAUGCUAUAGAGCAGAUGACUAAAAUUCUAGCAGAACCUAUAGAAUGGGAACCUACUGACAGGGAGAAGAAGGACGAAGAGAAGCAUGUUUCUUGGGCCAACUCAGGACGCGCCCUGAAAGAUGUAGUUGAGGAAAUGAUCAAAGCUUGCAGCCGUGACAAGAUCAUUAAGAAAGUAGCGCCAUCUUUCAUUCGGCUUGUACAAUCAGCAAUCAAGAGUGGUUCAGAUAUGCACAUUGUGGUGGCUAUCGCCAUAAUAGAAACAAGCGAGAUGACCUGGGAGGGCCAAGAAAAGUUGAUUCCAGACGUUCUAGAUGUCUUUGACAAGUGGCUUAGAGGAGAUGACAUCGAUUUUGAAACAAACCGUGAUCACAGAGAUUUCGCAGGGUCUGUCACCGGUUAUGGCAUCAUUGAAAAUGCAGGGAAAGCGAGCGUCCCUCAGCUGAACAGUCUCAUGGAAUAUUGCCUGGGUCAAGAGCUUGAAGGCGAACAACAGCCUCUCUCGGUGCAUGGAUCUAUUCUCCGUAACAUCAUCACUAAUUUCAUCAUGAGGAACACUGACAAGGUCAAAGUCUUCAAAGAUCUCUUGCCAUACGUAGUGAAGCUGCUCUCCUGUGACGUCAGUGAAUUAGAGAACAUGGCUGGGUACGCCAUAGGGUCUGUCUACCAGAAUGGGGAACUGUUGGCUCCUUAUGGUGAUGGAAUAGCAGAUGCUUAUCUGGAUGAUAAAUGCGAAGGAACAACAGUUGGAAUGUCACUGAAAAGUAUAUUCCAGUACAAACCGGAAGUGGUCCUAACCAGAAUAGACCGGAUUUUCGAGAAGAUGGAAGACAUGGGAAGCAAUGACAAGACCUAUCUCUACAUGCUGCUCGAUGACGUUGCCAAGAAAAACUCAGAAGUGUUAGUGCCUCAUAUUGACAUGAUGUUUGAAGACGUCUGUAACACCUCUCUGGCAAGUAUGUCUUUCAUGACUCUCGCACAGUUAUCCCUUGAUCAUGGCAAACAUUUCGUCAAGCACAUAGAUAGGUGUCUGAAAGCAUGGGAUCUGAUCCCAUAUACUGUAUCCUCUGCCUGCAAGACCAUUGCCAGCAUUGGACGAGUUAAUAAGGAACUAGCAGAGAGAUGUUUGAAGAUCUUCUUUGAGAGAUUGGAGACAAUUGAUCCCAUGUGGAUCAGCGUCAUCUUAAUGGAGAUGAAAAGGAUAGGGCAGGCAUACAAAGAAUGUCUUGCCGUGUAUCGACCACAGAUUGAGAAACUCAAGACAUGUCAACAGAUGGGUGUGCCAGACAUGGUCCAGUCGAUGAUAGAUUUCCUUGAUGACAGAAGUCUUCAGGGCCUCAGUGAGGAAGUUGCAGAGCAACGAGAAGACAUCGACAACUUGGAUUCUCGAGUGACGAACAACGAAAACGAAAUUACGAGAAUCGACGAGACGGUGGCCCAACAGGGUGACGAGAUCCAGAACGUGAAGAACGAAGUUAACGAGCAGGGCGAGAGGCUUGGUGAGCUGAAAGAAGUUGUGGAUGAGACUGUUGAGAAGGUUGAAGAGAUUGACCACAAGACUAUAACUAAUGCCCCGAAAUGGUCACGUGACGUAUCAAAGCUGUUGAAUCCAGAGCACGAACAUGACUGGAGAUUCUUGGCAGUUCGUCUCGGCUACUCGGGUGAAGAUAUCCGUAACUGGGCCUUAUCACCAGACCCUACCAUGGCUAUCCUGGCUGAAUGGUACACAACUCACAAGAGCAGCGAUGCUACCUACGCCAUACUCAGUGCCCUUGAAGACAUGGGCAGGACUGAUGCUGCAGAAAUCAUCACGCAGUCAUUAGAAGAAGCAGAACUGCUCGUGCCUCAGGCGCCACCGGAUGAGUCGGAGAAACCCCCGACAGUAUUCCUCAGCUAUCAAUGGGAUCAUCAGCCAGAGGUGAAAGCCAUCAGAAAGCACCUUGAGAUGGCCGGCUUUCCCUGCUGGAUGGACAUCGGUCAGAUGGGUGGAGGAGAUCAGUUAUUCGCCAAGAUCAGCCAGGGGAUGCGGACAUCCAAGGUGGUACUGUGUAUGGUGACUGAGAAAUACUCUAACUCAGAGAAUUGCAAUAAAGAGGUGAACCUUGCCAACCUGUUGAACAAACCAAUCAUCCCUAUUCUCAUCGACCAGACCCAGUGGCCGCCUCAAGGUGCCAUGAGUAUGUUAUUUGCGCAGCUUUUAUACAUCCAGUUUUACAACAACAAGGAAUACGUGAGAGGAGAGAAAUUCUGGGAGGACGCCAAGUUCUCGGAACUUUUGGGACAGAUAUCUUAUCAUGCGAAUCCUGAUGAAAGCAUGAUAUCUGAUGAAUACCGCGACUGGAUUCCACAAGUUGAAGACAAACCCGUCACUGUUAAAAAGGUAUCUGAAGAGUCCAAGGGUGCACCUGCCCAGCAGAACCAACCUGUGGAAUCCACCGAAGCUCCGUCUGUAUUUAUCUCCUACCAAUGGGGCAAGCAACCUGAGAUUAAAAGAUUGUUCUCGCGUCUCACUAGCUUGGGAUACCAUUGUUGGCUUGACAUCAAUCAAAUGGGUGGUGGGGAUCCACUCUACUCCAAGAUUGAUAAAGGAGUGAGAAAUGCCAAGGUUGUUGUUUCCUGUGUCACACCCAAAUACUCCCUCUCUGCCAACUGCAGAAGAGAGGUCAGUCUCUCCGAUGCACUCCGUAAACCCAUCAUUCCUCUCCUGCUUGAAGAGAUGACGUGGCCACCAGAAGGACCGAUGAGCAUGACCUUUACUCAGCUGCUCUACAUUGACUUCACCAAGGAAACAACUCAGGCUACUUUUGAUGAUGAAAAGUUCGAGGAACUCAUCGAGAAGAUUAAGGAACAUGCCGAGCCGACGCUUCAGCUAUUGGCUACAGAGGAACAGACUGAAACAGCGUCGACGCAAGAACAACCGUCAACACCUGCUGCACUGGAAGAAGGGACUGUAGAGGAAAAUGAUGAGAGAAGUGCCACUCUCAAGGAAGUCCCAACAACGGAUGCAGUUCCUCGGCAGCAGAACAGUCCAGUUGAAACCAAGCCUGUUGAGGCAGUUGAGAGAAGUGCCACUCCUCAAGUUUCACCAGCGGCAGAAGCGGUUCCUCCCCAGCAGAACAGUCCUACUGAAACACCACCCACAGAACAACCGAUCCAAAGGCAGAACGAUAAGUCACCGGAAAAACCAUCUUCGCGCCCUUCAUCUGGAAAGAAAAACAAGAAAUCCUCGACUUGUUUACUUCUUUGAUGUCGCUUUCACAACCUCUGGGGCUGGUUUUGUGUCAACCCAAAUGUGAUUUAAUACUUGUAUUUUAUUACAACUGGUUUAGCUUUUUAAGCUAUCGCAAGAAACACAACAUUUUAUUUUUGAUAGAUUUUGAAAAUAAUGUUAUCCUUCCUCCAUUGGUCCGGUCCUUGCCGGUAAUUUUCCAACAAUUCUUACAAAGUCUGAGUACUUUUAAUUAAAGUAUGUGAAGAGGUUUUUCGAAAUAAUUGUGAAGAUUUUUUUCUUCAGAUAUUUAGAAAAAUGCUAGCAAGACGCAAUCGAUUUCUAAUCCUAUGCAAUAAGCAGUGUCGAAUAACUACAAUUUACCCGAUGUAAUUGGAGAGUCAUGGAAUAACUGCCAAUUUAUAGCAUGCCCUGUCCCUUGAAACGGUUUCCAUCAUUGUCUUUGAAAAAUAAUCUCGUUAAUAUUUAUUAUCGACAGGACUUUUUGUUAGGCUCUAGUUAUAUUUUGUUUGUAGAACAUGGAUCCCAUGAUGACAGAACUAUUUCAGCUCUCCUCAUUUUAAUACAACAGAUUUCCUUUUCGAUAGUCAUUUGGCACUGUCUUACGUGAUAUACUCAACCUCAUGUGGUGAGAAAAGCGCAAAAAUUAGGCUAAAUUACUGACAUCUUAUAGAUUGUCAUAAUACCAUUGUUAAUUAUGUCUCUACUUGAUAUAUUUAACGUUUAUUAGAAAUCAAAUGUGCACAUUUCAUCAAUUAAUUAUGAUUAGGAUUUCGUAAUACAUUCCAUAUUUAUUAUUUAUGAUAUACAUCAAUGUAGAUUUGGUGUGUUACCAUGGGGAUGAAAGUGUCAUAGGACUUUAUCCUGAAUUAUGGUUGAAAGUUGUGGUUUAAAUAUGGAAAGGCAAAUAUGACAAAUUCUUAAUAUUUCAGGCUGAACUUAUCAGCCCAUUUUACACGAGAAAUCAUAGUACUUUACUGUCUGGAAAUGAUAACUGAAAUAUAAUUUCUCAUCAUUAAAAAAUGGGGACACAAAACACAAUAAACAUAAGAGACAUACAAUUUUAACUAAAUCAUGACAUUUUUAGCUUUCCAUAAUUCCAGCUUAAUGAUAGAUCAUGACCCCGGAUCAUGACUGCACAAGACAGUAGUUAGAUCGUUAAUCGUAAUUUGUUAUAUCACUUAAUUCUAAUUGAAAGAGUUUAAUUGAUUAUGAAUUGACCUCAUCAUAUAUGUAUACCAAAGUCUUUCUUUUGAAUAUUUCUGGGUCAAAGUGUUCUUAAAGCAGUUUAAAAUGUUUGUUAUAAUAACGGGGGAUUUUCCUUGGUUACAGUUAUUGCGUUAUUUGUAAAUUGUAAAGUAGCAUUUCAUUGCAGAAAUAUUUCUAACUCAUGUGAAUUAAUCGUGAUCAAAUUUAAUGUGUGACAAGAUGAAUAUAAUUACCAAUGAUAAGAAUAAUAUCAAUAUUAAUGGUAAAAUGAUAUGAAAUACAACUUUAACAAGAAAUGAAAACAAAAUUAUCUGUGAUUGUAAUUUAAUUUUAGGUCAGAAAGUCAAAAAGGGGCCUAAGCCAUUUUGCCUCCGACGAAGAUUCUGCUAGGAUCGACAGCUUAGGCCCCUUUUUUACUUUCUAAUUUACUCCAUUGGCUCUGUUUUAUUAGAUAAGCAGUUUUCAGCAGCUUCUUUUUGCCAUUAAUUUUAGGUCAUCAAACACGAAUUUUAACGUGUAUAUUAUUGUUUGUUGCAGAUUAAUUUUGACAUUUUUGAGGAAUUUUGUGCAAUCUUCAUAGACAUAUGGAACGUAGAAAAGUGUAUUAUAGUGUAGAAAGCUCUAUGGUAAGAAGAUGAAAAUAAUGCUCCAAUAAUAAAAUCAGUGUAUAUGACAAUGUUUAGAAAGAUUAGCUUUCUGGCGUAAAUUUAUUUUGAUCUAAACAAUUUAUAAACAAUAGGCUUGGCAUGGUUAUCAUCAUUGUAUAGGCCUAAAUCAAAGUGGAUUUACCAAACUCUGUUAAGAUAUGUUGUCGACACGAUGAAUUGAAAUGAAAUAAAGCCUUUUAUUUACGUAGUUACACAAAG